AUGGGAUUUUCAGUUGAUUUAGUGCGAGUAAAGUUGAAGCUUCCAAUCAAAAUACCACCAGGAAAAAGCAAACGAGAAGCUUCUCGCUUAUGCCGCCCACUUCUCCCUUAUCAAAACCUUAUCAAAAUUUCUCGUCUCCCCGCCCCCCGUGACUACCUGCCGGUAAUUGGCACCACCCUAGAAACUAUCGGUAUCUUUUCAGUCAUUCCGCAACUUGAACAUGAGCCCACAGGUUUGCAACAACAUGGUAGCUAUUGUGAAAAUUCUAGUCUCACAAAUUCUGGUGAAAUGCAAGUAGGAAUGAUUCGUUCGUAUCUAUUUUGUCUAUUCCUGGGAGUAUUUGUUCAAGUUACCCGAACAAAGGAUAAUCUAAGUUACUCAGAAUAA